AUGGGGACCACGGCGGCCGCGGGCGGCUGGGCGCGCCCGUGGAUCCCCUGGCUGGGACUCCUCCUCUGCGCGGCGGGGGCCGAGGCUGCCCGAGGAACCAACAGUGGUGAAGUUCUUCCUGAUACCAUCCCAUCUGCUCCAGGGACACUGCCUCACUUCAUAGAGGAGCCGGAUGAUGCAUACAUCAUCAAGAGCAACCCUAUUGCACUCAGGUGCAAAGCAAGACCAGCCAUGCAGAUAUUCUUCAAAUGUAAUGGCGAGUGGGUCCAUCAGAAUGAGCAUGUCUCAGAGGAGAGUCUAGAUGAAAGCUCAGGCUUGAAGGUCCGGGAGGUGUUCAUCAAUAUCACCAGGCAGCAGGUAGAGGACUUCCAUGGACCAGAGGACUACUGGUGUCAGUGUGUGGCAUGGAGCCACCUGGGAACCUCCAAGAGCAGGAAGGCCUCUGUGCGCAUAGCCUAUUUAAGGAAAAACUUUGAGCAAGAUCCACAAGGCCGGGAGGUUCCUAUUGAAGGCAUGAUUGUGCUGCACUGUCGCCCACCAGAGGGAGUUCCUGCUGCUGAGGUGGAAUGGCUGAAAAAUGAGGAGCCCAUUGACUCUGAGCAGGAUGAGAACAUUGACACUAGGGCUGACCAUAACUUGAUCAUCAGGCAAGCACGGCUCUCUGACUCAGGGAAUUACACCUGCAUGGCAGCCAACAUUGUGGCCAGGAGGAGAAGCCUGUCAGCCACUGUGGUGGUCUAUGUGAAUGGAGGCUGGUCUUCCUGGACAGAGUGGUCAGCCUGCAAUGUCCGCUGUGGUAGAGGAUGGCAGAAACGUUCCCGGACCUGCACCAAUCCAGCUCCUCUCAAUGGUGGGGCCUUUUGUGAGGGAAUGUCAGUGCAGAAAAUAACCUGCACUUCUCUUUGUCCGGUGGAUGGAAGCUGGGAAGUGUGGAGUGAAUGGUCAGUCUGCAGCCCAGAGUGCGAGCAUCUCCGGAUCCGGGAGUGCAUGGCUCCACCUCCAAGAAAUGGGGGAAAGUUCUGUGAAGGCCUCAACCAGGAAUCCGAAAACUGCACAGAUGGUCUCUGCAUUCUAGAUAAAAAACCUCUUCAUGAAAUAAAACCCCAAAGAUGGAGUAGGCGAGGCAUUGAUAAUGCCAGCGACAUUGCUUUGUAUUCGGGUCUGGGAGCAGCUGUCGUGGCCGUUGCAGUCCUGGUAAUUGGUGUUACCCUCUACAGAAGGAGCCACAGUGACUAUGGUGUGGAUGUCAUCGACUCUUCUGCAUUGACAGGUGGCUUCCAGACCUUCAACUUCAAAACAGUCCAUCAAGGUAACUCCCUGCUCCUGAAUUCUGCCAUUCAGCCAGACCUGACAGUUAGCCGGACGUACAGUGGGCCCAUCUGCCUGCAGGACCCACUGGACAAGGAACUCAUGACAGAGUCUUCAUUGUUCAACCCUCUGUCUGACAUCAAAGUCAAGGUCCAGAGCUCCUUCAUGGUCUCCCUCGGUGUGUCUGAAAGAGCCAGCUGCCAGGGCAAGAGUCACUCUGGGACUUUUCCUCAUGGGAACAACCGUGGCUUUAGUACACUACAUCCCAGAAACAAAACACCCUUCAUCCAAAACCUGCCAUCACUUCCCACAAGGACUGAGCUGAGGACAACUGGCAUCUUUGGUCACUUAGGUGGGCGCUUGGUAAUGCCAAAUACAGGGGUGAGUUUACUCAUACCACAUGGUGCCAUCCCAGAGGAGAAUUCUUGGGAAAUUUAUAUGUCCAUCAACCAAGGUGAACCCAGCCUGCAGUCAGAUGGGUCAGAGGUACUCCUAAGUCCUGAAGUCACCUGUGGUCCUCCAGAUAUGAUUGUCACCACUCCCUUUGCACUGACCAUCCCACACUGUGCAGAUGUCAGCUCAGAGCACUGGAACAUCCACUUAAAGAAGAGGACACAGCAGGGCAAGUGGGAGGAAGUGAUGUCAGUAGAGGAUGAAUCUACAUCCUGUUACUGCCUUUUGGACCCCUUUGCAUGCCAUGUGCUGCUUGGUAGCUUUGGAACAUAUGCCCUCACAGGAGAGCCCAUCACAGAAUGUGCUGUGAAGCAGCUCAAGGUGGCUGUCUUUGGCUGUAUGUCCUGUAAUUCCUUGGACUACAACUUGAGAGUUUACUGUGUGGAUAAUACCCCUUGUGCAUUCCAGGAAGUAGUUUCAGAUGAAAGGCAUCAAGGUGGACAGCUUCUGGAAGAACCAAAGUUGCUGCAUUUCAAAGGGAAUACCUUCAGUCUUCAGAUCUCGGUCCUUGAUAUUCCUCCAUUCCUUUGGAGAAUCAAACCAUUCACAGCAUGCCAGGAAGUCCCAUUCUCUCGAGUGUGGAGUAGCAACCGACAGCCCUUGCACUGUGCCUUCUCUCUGGAGCGCUACACACCCACCACCACCCAGCUGUCCUGCAAAAUCUGCAUCCGGCAGCUCAAAGGCCAUGAACAGAUCCUGCAAGUGCAGACAUCCAUCCUAGAGAGCGAACGAGAAACCAUCACUUUCUUCGCACAAGAAGACAGUGCUUUCCCUGCACAGACUGGCCCCAAAGCCUUCAAAAUUCCCUACUCCAUCAGACAGCGGAUUUGCGCCACAUUUGAUACCCCCAACGCCAAAGGAAAGGACUGGCAGAUGUUAGCACAGAAAAACAGCAUCAAUAGGAAUCUAGCUUAUUUUGCUACACAGAGUAGCCCAUCUGCUGUCAUUUUGAACCUGUGGGAAGCUCGUCAUCAGCACGACGGUGAUCUUGAUUCCCUGGCAUGUGCCCUUGAAGAGAUUGGGAGGACACACACCAAACUAUCAAACAUCACAGAAUCCCAGCUUGAUGAAGCUGACUUCAAUUACAGCAGGCAAAACGGACUCUAGUCCAUGUCCUCUCAUGAGGCAGCACCAGUGACUAUCAGCUUCUGGAUGUUGGCUUUAGGUGGAAAGGAAGAGGCAACUUUCUACCCUAUGGCAUUUGGGGAAUUCAGCCUUUAUUUAUUGUUAAUGAAUAUCACUGGUUGAAGAAACUGAGAUUAAUGUGGGUAAAACAUCUUAACAGGGAAAGUAUAUGCUCUCUUGAAAACAGGAGGAUUUUUCUAUCUCUCUGAAUAUACACAUGGGUUAAUGCUGGAUACACUCCUCAGAUUUGCACUGUCAAGGAUAGAAGUGAAGACAUCUCAACAUAGAAGUAGUGGUGAGGAAAAGAAAGAAAGAGAUAAGUCACAAUGGCACUGGGUAGGCAGGGAUUGAUUAUGUGCAUGUUGUGAACUGGUUUUUAGGGAAGUGCCCUACAAGGCCAGUUGAUUCAGAUAUCAGAUUGUUGGUUUCCAACCAACUCCCAUCUGGCAUAUUGGGAAUCAUUGCAAACCUAGAUUUUAGAAGUGAAACAGGAUUUCAAACCUGUUUGUAUGAUGUCAUCAAUGUCAGAGCAUGGUUAAGAAUUUAGAAUCUGAGUCCAUCACACCAGCACGUUUCCUGUCUAUACUAGUCAUUGGUGGAGACCAUGACUAAAAGAUAAGAUAGAUCACCAUCUAGUUCUUGGGUACCACAUCUUCAUUUUUUUCCUGAGAUAAAAACUUCAAUUUCUUCCCCUUUAGUGACCCAUUACAGUAGAGCACUUCUAAGAAACUUAGUUACACUUUUCAUAUGAUACUUUAUUUCUUCUAAAUCAACAAAGCAGAGCCAUCUUCUUAAUAAAGCCACUCAAGUCAUAGAGUGCUAUUUAGAAUGCAACUUACUGAGCCCAGAGGCCAAGCCAGCUCCAUGGAGCACUGAGCCACAAAUGCAUAAGCUCUCAUUCCAGGAGCAGGUGUUGAUCCAAAGUAUCCAACACUUGUAUUACAAAAGAAUGGGUUUUACUGUACUUUUCAACCCAGAUUCUGGAAAUUUUCUAAUCUUUUUAUACUAUGUCAUCACACUAUCUCUCAGUAGGGCUAUAAGACUUCCUGCUUUCACUUUUUGGGAAAUUAGCACAUAGCCUUUGUUCUAAAUAAUACCAGAGUAAAUGGAUCUGGGGAAUUACCUCGAUUAUACUGUCCCUCAAACUACAAGCAUUGUUCAUGGAUCCUUCAUGCUGUGAAUGCCUUUCCCCCAUAGAACAUUAACUCACCACUGCUAUCUUAUGAUUAUUUUAAAAAAUAGAAACCGGUGGUUUAUAGAGAAGUAAAAUCCAUAGAUAAUUCAUGACACUUAUUUUAACACUUUAUUCCAUCUUUAAAUCCUAUGUCAUCAUUUUUGACAUGAUGUCCUCAUAGACUUAAGCAUGCUUGCAGUAGCUAUCUAGGACAGGAACACCAAAGUCAAAGCCCAGACAGUUGUUCAGCUUUCUCUCUCAGUGUUUGUUCAUUUAGGAAGAGAGUAGGGAAGGGGGAGUACUUUGUAAUGGGAGUAUGCUCAGUUAUUUUUAAAUUUUUUAUAGGUCUCUUUUAAAAAAAAAAAAAUACCAUUCUCAAUCUCUUCCCAAGUAGAAAAGACCUGAACUGAUUGAGUUUAUAAUCUUAUGCACAAGGCAUUGAAGAACUUUUUAAUGUGUUGGUCAUUUCUUAUAAGUAAUGUUUUAUAACUUUGUUCCCCUGUAUUGCAUAAAAUAUUUUGGUACGGGUAGAUGAAUAGCACCUUGCUUUCCUCAGAAACUAAAGGCUUAUUACAGAGAAUUAAUAAACCAUCUUGGAACUAUCAAAUGUUCUUUUAAAUACCAUAUAAUAUCAGGACAGCACCCAUUUCCCAGUUGCUCAACUAGUUAAUUUCUCUUAAGGAAGAAGAGAGACAGAGAAAAAAUGUGGAAUUGUAAAUCACUUGGCAUUACUGAUAGAAUUUGUGAGAGAAGGAGGUAGAAGUCAGUCACCCAAAAAUCUGAAGAGAUGACACAUGACAGGGUUGAAUUCAAAUAGAAUCUACAUACACAUUUGUAAUAAGGUGUUUUAAACAAAUUCUAGAGAGCUUAUAUAGCUUAUAUUAAUAUCCAUCUUGGAGGAUUUUUGUUUUAAAUUGUCCUACUCAUUUUUCAUCUUCCCUUUGAUUGGCCUUAUAAUUGUCUCAUCUAGUCUAUGAACCUAUACUUGUCCUUUGUAGAUUUUUGGUAUAUCAUUUAUAUUUUAAAGAAGAUGAAAAAUUUAAGUAAUUUUCCUAGAACCUAUGAAGACUAUUUUAAGAUGAGGUAAAAUGAGUGUUGAUCCC